UAUUACAGUGUUCCUAUUGGUGAUUUACAGUUUCUGGAGUCGAGAGUAUUCGAACUUGUUUAUACUUAUGGAUACUUAUACUCCUGAAGAAUGUUAUUUUCUCGCGGCGUAUGCUAAAGGAAAUACUUUUUUUAAACAUCACAUUUGCGUUUUAAAUCAUAUUUAUCGUUCGUUAUUAAUGUAUAACGAUUUAAUUUGCUUGCAUCAUAUACUCGACAUCUCGAAGGAAACGAAACUGGAUUUCUGGUCAUUGUUUUCAAGAAAGCUUCCGCACAAUCAAAUAGAUUUUUCCCAUGCUUCAUUAUUGGGAAAUCCGAAGAUUUUCGUGAGUAUUACAAUAUGUGGCGCGAUAAAUAAAUACCAUCAUGGUUUGUUUAUGGAAUGCGUUGAGAUAAAACCAUACAUUUUCCUGAAACGGGAAGAUUCUAUUUUCUAUCGGAAGAUGUCCAGCUGUUUAUCGGAGAAGAAAGUGUCCCGCUGCCCCGUCAACUUUAGAUGCAGCCAAAUCAUUUCGAUCUUCGGCAGACGACAGUGCCUCUAUCCUCUAAUCAUUGAACUCAGUCUGGCCGAUUUUGAUGUGGCUCUGCAAGUUCUCUGGAGGUCCAUACCUGAUCCCCUUCUCACGAAAGAGGAAUUUUUUCGAAUCUUCUCCGGUUUGGAUUUCAUGGAUUCCAAUGAUGUACAGGAAGCGAACAGAAUAUGGGGGUGGUACACUCACUUAUUAGUGGGAGGCAUCGAAAUUGCGACGAAAUGUCCCAGAUCUCUGUGUCACCUUUCCAGGUGUGCCAUUAGAGGAAGAUUGAAAGAAUGCUUUGCGUUGCCCUACGGUGUGCAUCUGCUGGACAUUCCUAAACAAUUAAAACAGUAUUUGCUUUUAAAUGACGAAUGUCAAUUCUCAAUGUGAUCAUAACUAUGCAGGGUGUUCUGUAGUAACUGCCCUUCCUAUAAUUUCUAAAAACGCGGAUCUCUGUGUCACUUUUACAGUUGUGCCAUUAGAGGAAUGCUUUGCUUUGCUUGAGCAUCUGCUGGACAUUCCUAAACAAUUAAAACAGUAUUUCCUUUUAAAUGACGAAUGUCAAUUCUCAAUGUGAUCAUAACUAUGCAGGGUGUUCUGUAAUAACUGCCCUUCCAGUAAUUUUUAGCAUCUUAGAUCUCUGUCUCACCUUUGUAUUUAUGCCAUUAGAGGAAGAUUGAAAGAAUGUUUAGCUUUGCCCUACGGUGUGCAUCUGCUGGACAUUACUGGGUGUUCUGUAGUAACUGCCCUUCCUAUAAUUUUUAAAAUUCCAGAUCUCUAUGUCACUUUUCCAGUUGUGCCAUUAGAGGAAGAUUUCAAAGAAUGCGAUGCCCAACGGUGUGCAGCUGCUGGACAUUCCUGAACAUUUAAAACAGUAUUUGCUUUUAAAUUA